AAACCCUUUGUUCGCAGAAUCUUAAUCGAUCGGCUUUCGUUAGGGUUUUAGCUCUCAAAGUUGAAACCUUUUUAUUUUUCUUUCUUAAAUCAGAAAAAGAGAUCAAUCCGCCGAUCGGUCAAUUGAAUCAAUGGCGAUGGCUAUGAGACUCCCUGCGAUAGCGAGAGCGGCGACGGAAAUGGCUUCGGCUCCCGUUGGAUUGAGACGUCUCUUGUGCUCGAACGCUACAAACUUUUCAUUCCUCUCUCCACAGGCUAAUUCCGAAACUCCGGCUCGUCCUCAGGCGGAUCCCACCACCAAUCUCUUCGUCUCCGGGCUUAGUAAGCGCACCACUUCUGAAGGUCUUAGGACAGCUUUCGCUCAGUUUGGAGAAGUUGCUGAUGCCAAGGUUGUCACAGACAGAGUCUCAGGAUAUUCUAAAGGGUUUGGAUUUGUUCGAUAUGCCACCUUGGAAGAUUCUGCCAAAGGCAUUGCUGGAAUGGAUGGCAAGUUUCUUGACGGGUGGGUCAUAUUCGCAGAGUAUGCAAGACCAAGAGAGCCAUACCGACCUCAGAACAACAUGCCUCCUUCUCCAUAUGGUAACCGCUAUUGAAACAAGACUGGUGCUGAAAUCUUUGCGGACGAAUCUUUAUAUCAGUGUUGUGCGUCAUUCUAUUAUCUACUAUAAAUUGAACUGUCUCUUAGUAGUCUUGUGCCUUGAGAAGUUCAGAAACUUAAAUUAUAUUUUCGAGUAAUAACCAAAAGAAUAUCAUUUACAAGAUAAA